AUGAUGCAUAGGGAUAAACUCGAAAAAGAAAGAAUCAUAAAGAGAAAUGAAAAACAUGUAAAAAAUAUUGUUGUGGAUAAUAUAAUAGUCGACAAAAAGUUUAAUAACGAUGAAGGUAAUAAAUACUUGAGAAAAUAUGAUGCUGCAUACGAAGAUUUUAAAAUUAGGGAAAAACAAAAAUUAAAGGAAUAUAUCAAAAUAGAAAAUAGAAGAAAAGAAAACAUACAGCGAAAUGAAAACAAAUGGGCCCAAAUUGACCUGAACGUUCAGAAAGAAGUUGAAAAAACGAAUAGGUUACAACAAAUGCCAUUUAAAAGUGAAAAAAACAAAUCAAAAUGUAGUCAUGAUAUAAUUAAUCAUCAAUAUGUUAAUUAUGAGGAAUCUAUGAAAAUGGAAAGAAAAAAAAAUAACAGUAUAUUAAGUAGACGAAAUUUCUUGUCUGAAAAAAUCAACGGAUCAUAUAAUCCAAUUACAGGAGAAAAAAGAAAUUGA